CAGGUGACAUGACGGCAACGGCGUGGCGGGCUUGCGGCAUAUCCUCACUACCUUAUCUUGCGAUGCAUCGCAUCCCCCGCUGCGUUGGUCGCGUCCCAAUUGCGAUAAGACCUCAAUGUGCGGCAAUACCAAAUUUUGCUAACCUGAACGCGGUCUGUCUCAGGUUUCCGUCUAAGCAUGCUGCCGUGACCGACUCAUUAUCCACUCGGUUGCCAUCCUCGUUUGUUGAGCGCCAUCUCGAAGGGUGAACCUUCUAUACAAGUGACGCGUUCUGUUUCUUUCAGGACGAUAAUCGCGACUACGGAUCGUGCCAAUAUCCGAUCAUGCCGUCCCCGGAGCUUUCUCAAUCGGGGCAACUCCCCGGCGACUUCCAGCCGGACAGUAUUCAGAAUGGCUCCGUUCUACCAAUGACAACUGGGAAUCACAAUGGCGAAGCUGCUUCCGGAUCUGCUACGGAACAGGGGCCGAACGGGUCAAAUGCGAUCGCAGAAGGAAAGCACAAUGCGAAAGCCGUUCUCGCAGCCUCGGGCGUGUCUUUAACACCCGCUGGCUCCAGUCAUGACGCGUCCAACGGCAAUCCGUCUACCAGCUCCCAGUCAAACAAUGCCAAUGGCUCAGCAGCCAGCAAGAAACGAUCGCAUGGCGGCUCCGCCAUUCAUUCUUCCUCUCCGACAGAAGGACUAGCCGUGCGUGUCCGUGAAACCCCAAAAGAUAAGGUCCUAGCGGAACAGUAUGUGAACCGGGAGUUCCAGCAUUCCGCUUUGACGGCGUACCACAAUCAGAAUCAAGAGAUACUAAGUCAGAAACGCGCCGAACGGGACUUUUAUCUGACUCUACGACGGGAGAACCAUAUGAACCCAGCCGCACUGUAUGGUGUCGGCUACGAGGGGUUUGGGAAUGCUCGUACAGAUCUGCGAGGUCAACAUCCCCAGCUAUUGUACCCCUCCAACCGGCGGCGACCAGGUAACCGGAGGACUAGGGAGCUACGGGUUUCACGGAAAGAUUUGAAGACGCAAAGUGAACAGAUCGAAGACCUUGUGCCCAUUCGGCUGGACAUCGACUGGGAGAAGAUCAAGAUCCGAGAUACGUUCACCUGGAACCUUCAUGAUCGGGUGGUAUCUCCCGAUCUAUUCGCCGAAAAGCUAGUGGAGGACCUGGGCCUCCCUCUUGAAUCGUGCGCCCCCCUCGUGCGGAUGGUUUCGCAAAGUAUCCAGGAGCAGAUCUGCGAUUACUAUCCUCAAAUAUAUAUGGAAGAAGAGCCUCUCGAUCCUCAUCUGCCAUACAAUGCUUACAAGAACGAUGAGAUGCGCAUCCUUGUUAAGCUAAAUAUCACCAUUGGCCAGCAUACUUUGAUUGAUCAGUUUGAAUGGGAUAUUAACGACCCCUCCAACUGCCCUGAAGAAUUCGCUGCGCGUAUGACGGAUGACCUUUCUCUAUCAGGAGAAUUCACAACAGCAAUUGCGCACUCCAUCCGCGAACAGUCACAGCUAUUCACAAAAUCACUCUAUAUCCUCUCCCAUCCAUUCGACGGACGUCCUAUCGAUGAUCCCGAUCUUAAGUCCGCUUUCCUCCCUACUCCCCUCGCAUCAUCCUUCAGGCCAUUCCAGGCAGCGAAGGAAUUUACACCUUAUCUAUAUGAAUUGAACGAAGCAGAAUUAGAACGCACGGAAGUUUCAAUAUCCCGAGAUCAACGGAGGCAGAAGCGCUCCGUUAACCGUCGCGGUGGACCCGCCCUACCCGACCUGAAAGACCGUCAAAGGACUAUCCGUACGAUGAUUGUAUCUUCCGUCAUCCCUAAUUCGGCUGCGUCUAUUGAUGAGAGUAACGUCUUCAAGCGAUCUGGGUCGACUCGUGCCAGGCGCGCUGCUGUCGGGUUGCGGGACACUGGUGACGAUUCUGAUGAAUCAGACAGCGAUGAAUCUUCAAUCACAGGCUCCCCCGCUAUCGGUCCUCAUCUGGCCCAAGGCACUGCGCGCACAAGAGGCAUGCGAGGGGCUGCCAGUGCUGCUCACGCUGCUCUGCGUGCGAACCUUGGUCAGUCUGCCACUCCGGAGCCUCACCAUGAGGGAAGAGCAUCUGCUAGGAGACGGGACUAUCGCGAAGAGAGCAUCGAAGAGCCAGAAAAACUAAUUGUGAAGCUUAAGAUCCCUCGUGAGAAGUUCCGUCAGCUUCUUACCCACGGACCACAGUCAAUACCGAGUCUCUCAGCGACUCCGGCCCCUCAGCCACCAUCGCAUCAAGGCACGCCUCAAAUUAGCACUCCGACCCCAAGCAACAUGGCUCCACCUUCACUCACCCAGCCUCAAGCCCGUGUUCCAAGUGUCGGUACACCCACGCAACGGACCGUCCCCGCGCAACAAAUUGGAGCCAUAGAUGCAACCCACCCCCCUCAGCCGGGUGUCCCAGGGCCCCCGCCUCCAAGUUGGCUUGCGGCGGGACUCGCGCGACUAAAACGCUCGUAUCCAAAUGACUCCUUUGAAGGCGUAAUGCGCUACACUGCUGUCGAUACAGAGACAAUGCUACCAGUAGCCAAUACCAAUACCGAGUCAGGCCACAAACUAAAAUAUCAAUACCUCCCACGCAUCCGGUGCCAUGACUGCCCAGGCAAACUGUAUACCCCGGGGCCAGGCACAACAGUUGAUAAUUUCGAGGUCCAUCUUCGAAACCGACAACACAAAGAGCGUGUUGAAGAGAGGAUUGCCAGGACCGGGGGUGCAGGAGCCAACAAUACAUCUUAGUCAUGAGCUCAAUGAUGAAGCGCUUUCAUCUUUCUAUAUCUUC